CUUAAAUUACUAGAAAUGAGUAGUAUAUAUAUAAUCCAUUCAUGGUACUUACAAGAAAGGGCCUCAUGGUAGGAAGGAAAAAAAAAAAAAAGAAGAAAUCAGAUAAAGACACACACAAAUGAAAAUAGGAAAUAGAUAGCUUUGGGUUUAUUUGAAAAAUGAUGAAAUGAAGUCAGGUUGACAGUAUGAUGAUGGAUAUCUGAGUUCCAUCUACUAGUAUUUUUUUAUAAUUGAUGAUUGUGUUGUCUUUGCAUUAUUGCCGUCGAUCUUUCCCGGCCGCUUCCGAUUUCAAUCUUUUUCGCCCUUCAUCAUCUUAAUAUAUAAAUAAUUUUCGGUUACUUCUUCAAUUCCGAAUCUUAAAAAUAUAUCCUCAUUUCAAUUCCAAUCAUCGACUCUGCCCCCUCUUACCAUUUUAUAAUUUUGCUCACUACUUUACUUACUAUACUACUACUGCUGCUACUCCCACCUUUCUUUUCUUUUUAAUUCUUUUGCACUUUAGGGUUUCUCCUCCCCGAACUUUCCCUUCCGUCCCAGAAUUAAUUUUCUUCUUCUUCUGAUUCUUCUCCUUCGUGAGCAAUUCCCAAUUACUGCUAACUUGCGCGCUCAACAUAUCGAACUGAAAACAAGAUCAGCAUCGUCGGGUGGAGAAAAUCGUAUUCAGAAAUUUCGGGAUUUCGAAUCUUCUUCCAAGGUUGAUUAAUUAGCAGCAUUGGAUUGUGAACUUGGGACUUUUAACCAGGGUUUUCUUCUACAAGGAAUAUACAUGGCUUCAUCAUCCAGCUUUUCCAACUCUCCCUGUGCUGCCUGCAAGUUCUUACGGAGGAAAUGCCUGCCAGGAUGCAUUUUUGCACCCUAUUUCCCUCCAGAGGAGCCACAGAAGUUUGCCAAUGUGCACAAGAUAUUUGGCGCAAGCAAUGUGAGUAAACUCCUCAAUGAAAUCCAGCCUCAUCAGCGAGAAGAUGCCGUGAACUCUCUCGCUUAUGAAGCCGAAGCACGGUUGAAAGAUCCCGUGUACGGCUGUGUUGGAGCCAUUUCCGUUCUCCAGAGGCAAGUGCUUCGUCUUCAGAAAGAGUUGGACGCCACAAAUGCUGACAUAAUGAAGUAUGCAACCAAUACGUUUCCGGGAAAUAACAGUGGCGUAAGGGCAGCAGGUAGUUCUUUUGGUCAAAUUUAUGAAUAUGAUCAGUAUCCUCCUCCUUCUUGGAACAAUAGUUUCUCAUCAUCAUCGGCAGGUCAUCCUUAUGACACGGCUGGGGACAAUAACACUUGAAUGCACAUUUUUAAUGCUUAAUUUGGUGGCAGGGAUUCAGGAGUUUCAUUAGCUGCUGCAAGUAUAUAUCCAUAUAUAACUCAGCUUAUCUUAGAGAUCGAAUAAAGGGGAUCUUGGAGUUUGAAUCUCUCACCAGCCUCAGAAAUGGAACAGCCCUUAUUCCGGUAUAACCAAAUAUAAUUAGUUUUAUUGUAAACUUCUAUGUAUGUGUAUGCAUAUAUAGUGUUAGGUCCUAUUGAUCGAUGUAAUAAGGUCAUAUAUAUAUUGAACCAUAAAAGCUAGGCAGUUAGAUUCAUGCCGCUAGCUAGCUACUUCUUAGUGUCCCUUUUUUUGAAAGGGGUAUGUACACAAAUAUAGACAUAUAGGGAUUUUACUCUACUGGGGGAAUCCGGGAUUGAUUAAUUUAAUUAAGUUUUUGUGGAUGGAAUGUAUGUGACCAAAUUAAUGGUUAGCUGCUGGUUAUAUUAUAGCCUGAUCACCUAAUCCAUCUAUCAUGUGCAUGCC